UGACCGCUAAUGUAGAAAAGCGUCGCGCUAACGUCCGGCAGGCAUCUGAGCGACACCCGUUGCUACUUGAAGGCCUCUCGAGGUGACGUCUACGAGGCUACGCUUGACUUUACUGAGGACUUCCUCGAAUCUGUUACACAAAGAGGUUUCGCCAAGCGCGUGGUGGAAUGGUCAUCCGCCGGGUUCAUUCUCCAGUGCGACGAGAAUAGCAGCCUUUGCCCCAUUACCUGGGACUCCAGUACUCGGUCUAUCUUCUAUCAAGACAGGAACAGAACCCUACGAGAAUGGCGCCUCAUCGAUGGCCACAACUGGGAGCAGACCACCUUCGAGCAGCCAAACGUGAAGAUAGGCACCAACAUCGCCGUCGUAUCCAUAGCUGGUCGUAAGAAUGUUACUCUACUUGCCGCAGAAAGCGGGAGUUGGUGCGACCCAGAUGACGCCGCCGCCGCUGUCCGGCUCGCCAAAGCUUUGCCCCUUACCGGCAUCGGCGCGUGCCUCAACAGGAGUAGAGAUGUUCGUGUAUAUUAUCAAGACGAGAGCUUUGCUAUCCGGGAAUAUUGCGGGAGCUAUGGAGGGAAGUGGUGAGUCUUGUCGUU